UCUUGUUUCACCAAAAAACUGACCAACCUUUCAUUUUGUGGUGUUUAAAACUGCUGCUCGUUGACGACGCACGACGACGGCGGCGGUGAUCGAGAAAAGGAGGAGCGACGAGCCCAUCCACACCACACCACACCACACAACAUAGGAGGCGCGUCCAUCUCCACGGCUUUUGUUGUUGUCGCAAGCAAGGCCCUCCCUUCCCUCCCACUCUCUUCCUGACGUGCGACAGCAGAGGGGGAACACAAUCACAUCAACCACAAAGCCAUGCCAGGCAGCGAAGGCGAGCCGGGCGUGCCUUCCCAGGAAGCAGGACCAACCACCGAACAACCCUCGCAGCAGGAGUCACCUCAGGAGCAAUCGGAGGCAUCACCGUCGUCAGCUGGACUGGAGCAGCAAGCUGAACCAACCGAUCAAGUCAAAGAGGAUGGGAAUGACAAUGGGAGCGAAGAGGAGGAACACCAGACUGCGGACGACGACCAUGGCAACGAUAAGAGUGAGAUGAAGGAACAAGAACAGCAAGCGAACACAGAGACAGAAGAGAAGACAGAGACGGAAGCGCAAACAGAGACAGAAGAGAAGACAGAGGCGGAAGAGAACACAGAGGCGGAAGAGAACCCAGAGGCGGAAGAGAACGCAGAGGCGGGAACACAAGAGCAACCACCCAACGAUGAUGGUGAUGGUGGUGGUGAUAAUGGUGGUGGUAGUGGUGGUGGUGGAGAUGGAGAAAGCAACGAAGAAGCACAGCCGCCCAAGCCUCCAGCUCCUCCACACCAAGAAGCACCGCCCAAGGACGACGACGCUGGCGAAGACGUUACGCACCGCCCCGCAAAGGCGCCACCAGCACCACACAAUGACGAGGGCAAAGACCCACAGCACGAGAGUGGGGCUGCAGAAAUGGCCACAAUCCAGGAGCCAAGCGCCUCCGCUGACGCGAACAACGUAGCCAGCACCGCUGAAACCACCGCGAACGACUCCACUGAACCCCAGUCCCAACAGUCCAACGACGUCGACGACCAGGCCCAAGAAGAUGUCACGGCACAAGCACAAGACGACAGUGCAUCCGUUGAUGGCGCCGAGCAGGGCAACGAAGAACUACAGCAGCUUGACCCCGUUGCAGUCCAACAGCAGGAUGUGGCGGACACAAGCGCUGCUGAUGGCGCUGUUGCUGUCGAAGGUGACGACAGCGCUGGGCCAGGGGAGCAGCAGGCUGCACCAACGGUGGGCGACACAAGUAACCCCAACGCGGACGCUGGUGCCGGGGAUGAAUCGGCGGAGCAACAUGGGGCGGUGGCGGUGAGUGGAGAACAGAAUACAGAAGACGACAGCGUCAAUGUCGACAGCGGCACCUCGCAGCCAAACGCGGACAAGGCAAACGGCAACACUGUUGAGGCAGACGACAAGACUGAACGCCAGGAGCCGCAAGCAGACAGCCAUGCACAAGGCGGUGACAGCGCGACUGUAAACGAGAACGAGGAUGAGAAUGGGAACGGAGCUACAGAAGCAGAGGAGCCCAAUCAGCAACAGCAGCAGCAGCAAGACGAAACUGAGACUGUGCAUGACGGUGAUGUGGCAGCGGCAACGACCACCGCCACAGACGAAGACACAGUAAACGCUGAUGCUUCACACAGUCGCGAGGAAACCCCCACAACCGGCACGCCCGCUGGUGACGAGCGACCACAGGGCGAUACUGAUGAGGAAGGCGACGAUGGCGCUGAAUCAGCGGGUGCCAACCAUGACGACCAUGACGACCAUGGCGACCAUGACGACCAUGACGACGAUGGCGAGCAGGCGCUUGCGGCGGACGAGAGCAUGGUGCUGCCGGGCCAAGCACGCGAGGACAAGGAGGCUGCCAUUGCUGCAAACACGACCAUCCUGAGCAUGAGCGGGCCCGGCGACGAUGAUGAUAUCCCUGAGCUUGGCGCCGCCUCCAAGUCUCCACGCGCACGCCGGUUCAUGCGCGCACGCGUUGCACCUGCCGCUGCAUCAUCGCCACCGCCAUCAACACCACCGACAGCCGAACACACGCGCGAAUCGCCGCCCAUCAGCAACGCCGAGGCCACCGAGGACGACGUGUCUUCUCGCCACGCCAACGCCUGGUCCGCCGCCACAGACACAUCAACGCCUCCGCCAUCAGAGCUCACCGUCAGGCAAGUGCAGGUUGCAGGGCGCGAGAGCAGCAGCGAUGAGAGCGAUGACAGUGUGGAGAACAAACAGGAGACCGAUGACAAUGAGAAUGUGGAGAGCAGUGCACCGGUUGAUGCGUUUGCGGCGGCAAUGAAGGAUCCACUUCGCGCCCCAACAGAGAUUGCAUUCAAUCCAGAGAACAGAAUUUACAUCCCGCUCAACGCAGCCAAGCAGUUCGUGGCAAAGACGGUUGAGUCGCUGCAUGCGGCCAAACAGCAGCACGGGCGCGACAUCGCUGCCACCAUUCGCGAGCGCAUGAACCAGCACCACGCCGAGGCACACAACCACGUCGUCGCAUACAUCGACACCGUCAAGGCGCACUACAACGAGCGCCUGAACCGGUGCCAGGAGACGAUGCAGGCCAACACCGCCAAGCUCAAGUCGCACAUUGCGCAGCUGGCGGCGGCGGCACGGCUCCUCAAGCAGAAGAAUGCACAGCUUGAGGCUGAGAAGCAAAGUCUUCUUGUCCGCCUCUCCGCCGCCCGCGAAUCAGCUGCCGGUCCCGCCGCUGUGACCACCACUGCCAGCGCUGACAGCGCGACUGCGCCCCGACAGCCACCGCCGUCGGCUGUAUCAUCGGCGGAUGAUCGGGACAAAGCAGUGGCGCCGGCGGUGAUGAGCGACGAGGCGGUGGCCGCACGUGUGCAGGAGCUGCAGGAGGAGAAGGCCGCAGUGGACGCCGCAAUGGCCAAACUCAAGGGCGAGCUGGCGGCGGCGCAAGACGAGCUCGCUGCGCUGCGGGCGCUCAUGCACGAGCAGCAGGAGCAGCACGCGUCCGAGGCUGCCGCGCUCACGGCGCAACUUGAGGAGCGGCAGCAGCUGCUGCGCCAGGCACACGCACAGACCGCACAGGCCAGGCAGGAGGUUGAAGAGCUGCAGGCGGCGCGAGUGGAGGCGAUCGGCGAUGAAGAAAUCGCAAAGGAGAUGGCCGACUUGCACACGCGCGUGCGGUCGUAUCAACAGCAGCAGGAUGACCUGCAGCAGCAGCUGGUGGCGAUGCAGACAAAGGCCGAUCAAGCAGCGGCACAGCUCGUGUCUGCUAGAACAACGUUCAACACCGACCUUGCAGCCUCCAAGUCUGAAAUCACGAAACUGAAAGAAGAGAACAAGUUCUUGAACGACGAGAUUGAGUCGCUGCGCACGUCGCAACAGGAGUCCAAGUGGAGGGAAGAGGAAUCUGUGGAGCGGGCUGCAGCACCUGAGGACGAGGAUGAGGAUGAGGAUGCAGAUGAAGAGGAAGAUGAGGAUGUAGAUGAAGAGGAAGAGGAGGAUGAAGAGGAAGAGACGCAGCAGACGGACGAUGAAGACGAAGACCAGAGUGGACAGCAGCAAGAAGAUGGGGAGACAGACCAGGAGGAAGAGGACAAAGCCCGUGGCGAUGGACAGCAAGAGCAGGAGGCAGAGGGUGAAGACACCGCCACCGCCGCCGCUGCCACCGCCAGAUCGCCCGAGAAGAAACCAGCCAAGACGGCGCAGCGCGGACGCGGGGGCCGCGGCCGCGGGCGUGGCGGUCGACAGAGGAGCGGCCCCGUGUCCACAGAUGCUGAUGCCAAACGCGUACGAGCACUCGAAAAGGACUUGGAGGCAGCGCGAGCAGAGAUCCGCAAGUUGGAGAAGAAGAUAGAGAUGGCCGACAAGACGCGCGUCUCCUCGUUUGAGGCAUCCAAGAUGGAGAAGCAAAUCAAGGACCUCACAAAGAAGGUUGAGCUGUACAAGGCGCAGGACCAGAAGAAGUCGUCCCAGACGUCUGGACUGCAGGAGGAGAAGGCCGCGCUGGAGAAGAAGGUCACGGCGCUGGAAUCGGAGCUCAAGACGGCGAAACAGGACCUGGCGGCGGCCAAAGCAGCGGCGGCGGAGGCGAUACAAGUGCAGGAGGAGCAUAGGACGAUGAAGACGGAACUCAAGAAGCUCAAGGGCGAGAACAAAACCUUGCAGGAAAACUUUGAGAGCGAGCGCAGGGAGCGGAAGAAACUCUACAACAAGCUCGAGGAAAUGAAGGGCAAGAUCCGUGUGUUCUGCCGCGUUCGCCCAAUGUCGUCGUCAGAAACGGGUCGUGGUUGCAAGAACAUCAUCUCUGCUGAGGACGAAUUUACUGUUGAGGUUGAUGACGGGAAGUCCACGCGAACCUUCAACUUCGACCGCGUGUUCCUGCACACAUCCACGCAGAUGGACGUGUACGAGGACACGGGCAACCUCAUCCAAUCUGCCGUGGACGGAUACAACGUCUGCAUCUUUGCAUACGGCCAAACAGGGUCUGGCAAAACGUUCACAAUGAUCGGCGACGUCGACAACAACCCGAUGGCGCUGCCGGGUCUCGCCCCGCGCGCAUUCGAGGACAUCUUCAAGGUCACGGAGGAGAACAAGCAGAAGUUCACGUUCAAGGUGUCAUGCUACAUGAUCGAGUUGUAUCGCGACAAGUUGAUUGAUCUCUUCGCCGUCGGCGGCAGCACAGAGAAACUUGAGAUCAAGCAAGACAAGAAGGGGAUGGUUGUGAUCAAGAACGCGAUGGUGGAGCCUGCCAACUCCUCCGAGGACCUCAUGCGGUUGUUCGAGCGCGGAAACAAGAGCCGCCACGUGGCGUCCACGCUCAUGAACGCAGCAUCCUCCCGCUCCCACCUCAUCAUUGGCAUCAUGAUCGAGAGCACAAACAUCGCCACAAAGCAGAAGCUCGUGGGCAAGCUCAGUCUUGUCGAUCUUGCUGGUUCGGAGCGCGCGGACAAGACGGGCGCCGGUGGAGAGCAGCUCGAGGAAGCGAAAGCCAUCAACCAGUCCCUCUCCGCACUCGGCAACGUCAUUUCCGCCCUCUCUGAGAACCAGGGCUACAUUCCAUACAGAAGCAACAUGCUCACGCGUCUCAUGCAGGAUUCGCUUGGCGGAAAUGCCAAAACGCUCAUGUUUGUGAACAUUUCGCCAGCCGAUUACAACACAGAGGAGACGAUCAACUCGCUUCGCUACGCCGAACGCGUCAAGACCAUCACCAACGACGCAAAGAAGAACGCAGAGAGCGCAGAGAUCGCGCGUCUGCAAGAAAUCAUCGCAAAGCUGAAGCGUGGCGAGGAUGUGGACGAUGAGCCGCAGGAGGCUGAAGCGUAAUGUAAUGCAUUGCGCGGUUUGUGUUUUCAGACGUGUCACAUCAGCUUGAUGAUGAGACCCGCCCCCCCCCCCUCUCCUUCCUAUCUUUAAGAUUGUGUGUGUUUCUGUAUUUGCGUGUGUUUGCUGUUGGAUGUUUGUUCACGUGCUGUUUUCACGUGUUGUUCUGACUCUUGCUGGCUUCUGUCUGGCUGGGCUUGCCCACAGAAUGCAAUUGCUUGUUCCCUUGCGCAAAUAACGCUUCAGAGUGCUCUCGUUCAUUUGGUUUCGAUUCGAGUCAGUUUCCCAAACUCCCAACCACUCAGUACAAUCAAUGUAUCAAGCAAGUAAGCAAAGCAAGCGAAACA